CUAGAAGCCAUUCUGAGCCAAGGAAAUGGUAUCAUAUUUCUGGAGACCACCGACAGGAUGAAACCACCAUCAUUGGUACUGUGUGCUAUUGAGUCAGCAGCUCGUGUGUAUCCGGACCGACCGGUGAUCUUUUUCAUGAAAGGGGUAACAGAAAUGAAAUCGGUAGAUGAUGUGAAGAGAGUACAGGGGCAUUUCCCAACCUUUGCAUCUCUGGAUAAUGUCCACAUCUUUCCUCUUAUAAUGGAAGACAUUUUCAAUAGUACUCCACUUCUUCCCUGGUACAAGAAGAUUAAUCCUGAGCAUGAACAGCACUGGGUCCAUGUCAGCUCUGAUGGCUGCAGGCUGGCCCUGAUCUGGAAACAUGGUGGCAUCUAUAUGGACACUGACAUCAUCUCCAUUCGGGCCAUCCCAGAUAAGAAUUUUUUGGCUGCACAAUCUUCUCAUUAUUCUAGUAACGGUGUCUUUGGGUUCUCUUCCCGCCAUUAUUUCACAUGGAAAAGUAUGGAAGAUUUUGUUCAGAAUUAUAAUGGUGGACUAUGGGGACAUCAAGGACCACAACUCUUUACCCGUGUUCUACAGAAGUUCUGUAGCUUACCUGAAUUUAAAGGUGUAGAUGAUAUCAUGUGUGGAAACAUCUCUUUCUUGAAUCCACAACACUUUUACCCCAUUCCAUACCCAGCCUGGAGACAGUAUUAUGAGGUUUGGGACAAAUUGCCAACUUUCAAUGACUCCUAUGCUUUACAUCUCUGGAAUUACAUGAACAAUGAGCACAGAACCAUGGUUCCUGGUAGUAACACAUUAGUGGAGAACCUCUACAAAAGGCAUUGUCCUUCCACAUAUAUUGCUCUUAAGAAGAACGAGAGCAUUUAUCUGCAGUGA